ACCUCUAAGCUUUACACAGUUGAACACGUAUUUGUUUAUUUGUGACACACAUGCACCCGUCCGUCUGCAGGCAGCUUCUUUAAUCAGUAUAAGGCUUAAAACCAAAGAAAGUCUCCCUGCGUUACUCCAUUUGAUCUCCGCGCUCAUCGCCGGUUGGGUUAAAGCGUUAUAAUGGAGCCGGCCUGCCGUAAGGACAAACCAAAGCUGAACUCGACCCCGACCAGAGGAGACCGAGCCAAGCAGAAGUCUGCACAACAGGAGCUCAAACAGCGACAGAGAGCAGAGAUAUAUGCUUUGAACAAGGUGAUGACAGAGUUGGAGCAGCAGCAGUUUGAAGCCUUUUGCAAACAGAUGCAGUCCCAAGGAGAGUAAUGGCAGCUUUACUUCCUCCUCCUACGUUAGGCGUGUUGUUCCACCCAACCGGCACAAUCUUUGGACUUGAACUGUUACGGACAUAAACUGGCUGCUGGGACACUAAUGAUGCUUUUCUUCAGGUGCUGAUUCUGUAUUUCUGAUGUUUUAUUGCUCCAUUCCUUCCAUAUUUCCUUCCCAGUUCAUGGGGAAACCAGUUUGUAUUUAUUGCCGAGCCAUUAUUUAUUUAGUUUUUCUUUUUCCUUGGGUCAUUCUGGGGAAUUCUUAUGAUAAAUACAUUUUCUUUAGUCGACUCUUCUUAGCAGAAUGUCUUUGACUCAGUCAGGUUGGAUAAAACAAGCAUCAAUCGAAGCAAUGUUUAAGUCUUGCCAUAGAUUCUUAACCUAAAAAAGGUCCAGACUUUGACUAGGCCAUUUGAAGACUUGAAUAAACAUAUUUUUAUUGUUUCACAGUUGAAAGGUGGUAUUCACUUCUUCUUAAAGGAGAAGUCCGGUCAGCAAGGAAUAAUCAAUGGAUCUUUAUCUAUACCUAAAAGGAAUACGUUUGCGGAAUUUAGCAUUUAUCAGUAAAAAAAAAUGAAAACAAUUUUGGUUGUGUUCACUGAUUCGGGGAGCGGCCAUUUUUGCCAAAAUAUAGUAACACUUCACUCCUGACAUCUGCCAGUGUAGGUACCAGAUCUGCUCAGGGCCCCACCCCUUCUAAUGACAUCAUCAAACGACAACUCCACUUGGACAAACUGUAUGGCACAACAAGCUUCAGAAUCAAAUCUUUUUUGGAGUCUCAACAUAUGAUUACCAUUGGUAAAAUAAUAGCAAAUAUUGAUAUUUGCUAUUAUUUUAUAUUUCAUUGGUGAUCUAAAGUAGCGGAAAGCAGAAAACAAUCAUUGUCAGUCUUGAACGAAAGUACUGCAUUCUAAGACUGAGCUCUGCUGAUUAACAAGAUGACAAAUAGUCUCCGCUUAUUCUUGUUCUUUUUAUUAAGAUCUGAGGACAGGAAGGACAAAUGGAACAUCUUAAAAAAUGACUUUCAUAGAGAUUUUAGACAAAUAAAACAGUUAUUCUACUUGUAGGAAUUGAACAGUUGUUGACACCAAUUUAAAAGUAGUGUAGCUUAAUCUGGCUAACUGACCAAGCUAAAAGAGGCUAACCUGUUAGCUAGUGAGCACAGCUAGCCACAGUGCUACCCAGCUCUCCCCAUUUAUAUCAU